AUGUUUCCACUCCAUUUUCAUUACGAAGAUGUCUCACGGCAGGAUCCGUUGCUCAAACCGAAUCACGCCAACGUUAUGGAAGUUCCUGGAUCGUGUGAAAUAAGAGUAGUACCAAAGGCACCCUCUGAUUUCAGAAUCAAAAAUGGAAAAUUGGCUAUGGAGAUUCCGCGCGGUCAGAGAUUCAUACAGACACAAAGGGGUUCGACAGGAAAGUCGUUUCGAUCCAAUCCAUUCUUGGGGUCCGAAAAAGACAAAAAAGGAGAUGUCAGUGACCUAGCACGACAAAGCACUCUCCGAGGGCAUGGAAUGUCUAAUUUUUCGGUCAGAAUCUCGACAGUAAUGUCUCUGUUAGAUUCUCCGGUCGAAAUACGGGAAAACUCCAUUCAAUUCUCGAUGGAAACGGAGUUUUGCGAAUUCUCCCCGGAACUGGAAGAUCAUUUCGAGAUCUUCGAACAUAUUCGAGGGUUCAAUGUGACUAUUGUCACUUCGGCCAACACACAAGAUGAGACUUUACCACCGUGGAGCGGCUUUUUGCAAAAAGAUGAGGGGGAAACUCAGUAAGAUGUCGGAGAAGCGAAAUAUACGAGAUCACAAACGUAGAUUGCUCGCGGCUAAAUAUGAAUUGAGACGAAAGCUUUAUAAAGCCUUUUGUAAAGAUCCCGAUCUUCCUAGUGAUAUGCGGGAC